AUGUCUCUUCCAGCAGUGGCCGUUUCGGCGCCAGGCAAAGUUCUCUUCGCCGGCGGCUUUCUGGUCCUCGAUCGCCAGCACACGGGCCUCGUCUUUGGUUUGAAUGCCCGCAUUCACGUGCACGUUGAGGCAUUGGAUAAGAACGUACCCGCCACGUUGAAGCGCCCGUGCUCCCAUAUAUUGGUUCAAUCACCACAAUUUCUCGACGCGAAGUGGCUAUAUGCUAUUUCCACGACAGUCGGCGGGGAUGAGCAUGCGGUCGUGACCGUCGAACAAGUUCUGGGUCAGGAAGGGUUCACGCGGAGCUCGAAUAAGUUCGUCGAGACGACGCUGAGAUAUGUCUUGACGUAUCUCUCACAUCUCGCUGGAGAUGUAUGGAUGAGUGCGGUCAAAGUCAGCAUUCUCGCCGACGACGAUUAUUAUUCUCAACCUCAACCUAUUUCGGGGGAGUGGGGAUCGAGGUCUCAGGAGAGGCCACAAUCACAGUCCGAGUUCACAAGCUUCGGGGUCAAAUUGAGCGAUGCCCAUAAGACAGGAUUGGGAUCAUCUGCUGCACUGGUCACGGCCCUGGUCUCUGCGCUGCUUGUCUUUUACGCAAGAAAGACUGGAGUUGAGUCCCCAUUGCACCAUACGACGAUCCACAAUUUGGCUCAGGCGGCUCAUUGCGCGGCUCAGGGGAAAGUUGGGUCUGGGUUCGACGUGGCUGCUGCAGUAUAUGGUUCCUGCCUGUACCGAAGAUUCACGCCGACGAUCUUGGAAGCAGUGGGGGAUGCUACGAGUGUUGGGUUCAGCGAACGACUUCAUCGAUGCGUGGACGAUCUCGAAUUAGAACGUAAAUGGGACGUGGAAGUGGCGAGCCAGGCGGUGCGAAUCCCAGAAAGCCUGCUCUUGAUCAUGUGCGAUGUCGACUGUGGCUCGGAGACGCCUGGGAUGGUGCGGAAGGUUCUGCAAUGGCGGAAAGAGAAACAACAGACGGCCAAUUUGCUGUGGAAUACUCUGCAGCAAAGGACCGACGAACUCUGCACAGAACUAUGUCGGCUGGCGGAAAUCGAGGGGACUGCGAAAGAAGAUGAUGACGGUUUCAGGCGGCUGGGAGAUAUCAUUCUCACGAUUCGCAGUCUGGUGCGAGAGAUGUCGAGCGAGUCUGGGGUGCCCAUCGAGCCACCUGUUAUUACUGAGCUGUUGGAUUUCUGUACGUCAUUGCCUGGGGUGGUCGGGGGCGUUGCGCCCGGUGCUGGAGGGUAUGACGCUGUUGCUCUACUGGUGAAGAAUGAUGGAGAGGUGGUUAGGGAGCUUCAAUCUCGAUUGGAGGGAUGGAAGAGUAAAGACCAGACAGAUGGAGGCGGGAUCGGGCAUGUGAGAUUGCUGGGGGUGAAGCAGGAGAAGCAGGGUGUGAAGAUGGAGGAUGUGAGCAAGUAUGAUGGAUGGUCAUGA